UCAAACUUGGUGAAGCUGCAUUGCGGGCAGGCGGCAUCGCCGGAGCGCAGUCAGUCAGUUUGAGGGGAGCAGUGAAUGAAUGCAUGAAGCGCAACUUAUAAGCUCCGGGCCCGGGCUGGGAUACUGCCAGUUCCCUUUCUCUCUCCAUUCCUUGCCUCGGGACUGUGCGGAAACUGGUGGCCGGCAGUUGCAACGAGAAGGCGUGAAUCCACAAAGGAAUGAUUGCGUUCCGUGCUCCUGACAUCCCGCCUCUCCUUAGUUUCAGGAGCAAAGUCAGGAUUGAAUGCGGGCAACUUCCCCUCUCUGGGCUGACGGACACUUGCUAGCCGAAGUAUUCCUCUAGCCUCUCAGUGUGAAGAAGGGUCUCGACCCAAAACGUCACCCAUUCCUUCUCCCCAGAGAUGCUGCCUGACCCGCAGAGUUACUCCACCACUUUGUGUCUAUUCCUCCAGAUCGCUGUGCUCCAAGUCGCUCUUGGAUUGACACUGCCCUGCAAAGGGUCUUCUCCAAACUUGGGUGGCGCGCCCCAUUCAUCCUGCUCCCUUGCCCGGCUUCUGCUCCGAGAGAAUCUACCAUUCAAUGGUGUCUGCAAUCCUCCUGUACGACCAGGUUCCGUGGAUCAAUAAGAAAGACAUCGUCUCUCGUUAACAAGUUGUGGGUUUUUUUCCAUGGGAUACCCAUAACGAUGGAAGAUCAGACCAAAGUCCAAAUAAUCACCAUAAUGGGCAAGUCGGAAAGCCAGAUGGACAUCGUGGAGAAAUCGACAAAAUUGAUGAAGAAAAGUUGGAGCUUGGUUGAAAUCGCGCUCAGUGUGUUACUCCUCCUCAUGACGAGCGCAGUGGUGGCCUUGGUUGUCCUGUAUACAACACAACAAGACAAGCAGUUUCCCAGCAGCGUGGACAAAGUGUGCAUGACCGCGGGCUGUGUGGCAGCUGCUGCAAGGCUGAUCCAGAAUAUGGAUCCAUCUGUCUCACCAUGUGAAGAUUUUUACAAAUAUGCCUGUGGGGGGUGGCUGAACAGGCACAUCAUACCCGAAACCAGCUCCAGAUACAGUAUAUUUGAUAUUCUGAGAGAUGAGCUGGAAAUCAUCCUCAAAGGUGUCUUGGAGAGACCGGAUGAUGGAGAUCGUGAUGCUUUUAAGAAAGCCAAACAACUGUAUAAAUCCUGUAUCAAUGACACUUUAAUUGCCGAGCGAGACUCUGAACCUCUGUUAACUCUGUUGGACUCCGUUGGAGGAUGGCCAGUUGCUGAACCUGACUGGGACGUUGUGGAGGAGCCUGGUUGGAGUUUGGAAAUCAUCCUGCCACAGCUGAAUGCCAACUACAAUAAGAGGGUGGUAGUGGAGAUGUUCGUUUGGACGGAUGAUAGGGACUCGAGUAGACACAUCAUUUAUAUCGAUCAACCCAGCCUGGGGAUGCCCUCCAGGGAUUAUUACUUCAGGGAUGGUAACUACAAGAGGGUACGUGAAGCCUACUUGCAGUUUAUGAUUGGAGUUGCAAAGAUGAUCAGAGUAGACAGAAACAUGACAAAAAAUGACUCCUUUGUCGAAGACGAAAUGAUGAAAGUGCUGGAGCUUGAAAUUGAAAUGGCAAAUGCAACCGCAGCUCCAGAGGAGAGGCAUGACGUUACACAGAUGUACAACAAAAUGACGCUUGCUCAGCUUCAAACAAAGUUUGACCUCCAUGGAUUUAACUGGAUGCAGUUCAUUCAGGGGGUCAUGUCAAGUGUCCACGUUGAAGUCCAUCCAGAAGAAGAAAUUGUGGUCUAUGGCACUGAAUAUCUUCAGAAACUUAAGUACAUCCUCCCCAAAUAUUCCAAGAGCACUCUUCAGAACUAUCUGGUCUGGCGGCUGGUUAUAGAUCGUGUUAGCAACUUGAGCAGGCGAUUUAAGGACGCCCGGGCAAACUACCGCAAGGCAUUGUAUGGUACCAGCGUGGAAGAGGCACGGUGGCGAGAAUGUGCCAGCUACAUCAAUGGCAACAUGGAAAAUGCAGUGGGAGCCCUUUAUGUCAGGGAGGCAUUUGCUGGCGAGAGUAAGAGAAUGGUGAAGGAUUUAAUUGAUAAAAUCCGAGAAGUGUUCAUUGAAACUUUGGACGAAUUAGAAUGGAUGGAUCCAGCUUCGAAGCAGAAAGCACAAGAAAAGGCGAUGGCAAUAAAAGAGCAAAUUGGAUAUCCAGACUAUAUACUGCAAGAGGACAAUCCCAGUUUGGAUCAGGAGUAUGCUCACUUAAACUUCAGUGAAGGCAAAUACUUUGAGAAUAUUCUUGAAAAUCUGAAGGCUGGAGCACAAAAGGGUUUGAGGAGAUUACGGGAACGUGUGGAUCAAGAUGUAUGGAUCAUUGGUGCUGCUGUUGUAAACGCUUUUUAUUCGCCGAACCGCAAUCAGAUUGUGUUUCCAGCUGGAAUUCUACAGCCUCCGUUCUUCAGCACGUACCAGCUUCAAGCUCUGAACUUUGGGGGAAUCGGGAUGGUGAUUGGCCAUGAGAUCAUACAUGGAUUUGAUGACAAUGGAAGAAACUAUGACAAGGACGGCAACAUGUAUGAUUGGUGGAGUAAUUAUUCAGCCAGCAAUUUCAAAGUGCAAUCAGGUUGCAUGGUGCAUCAGUAUGGGAACUACACCUGGGAUUUAGCUGGGGGACAGAAUGUAAGUGGGAUCAGCACUCUGGGUGAAAAUAUCGCAGACAAUGGAGGCGUCAGGCAAGCGUACAAGGCCUAUUUGAAAUGGGUGAAGAGAGAAGGAGAAGAAGUAGAAUUACCUGGCAUGAAUCUGACGCACAAACAACUUUUUUUCCUUAACUUUGCACAGGUAUGGUGUGGUUCAUACAGGCCUGAGUAUGCGAGCCAGGCCAUCAAAAUUGAUGUUCACACCCCUCUGCAAUUCAGAGUCAUUGGUUCUCUCCAAAACUUUGAAGCUUUUGCCGAGGCCUUUCAGUGCUCAAGUGGCGAAGUGAUGCACCCAGCCAAGAAGUGCCGUGUGUGGUAACCAAAGAGCAACAGCACAGUUAGUGCAGACCUUCAAAAACCUGUCGCUGAGCUCUACAGGUGGCUGAAGCCAAUAGAUGUGCCUAAUAAUCCUUCUCCAAUUAGUCACUGCCAAGGUUCUUGUUCUUGUUCGCUGUUGUUUUGGGUGUGUACAGACCAAGGAAUGGCUGUGGGCUGGUUAAACACAUCCUGCAAACAAUCACUGUUUUAUACCUUAACACGACUGUUACCUGUUACUUACAUUCAGUAAUAACAUCAAGGUGCUUUAGUCAGCAUAGAAUCCCGUACUUAAAGUGUAAACCGUUUUGUAGUUCCAGGAGUCAAUGCAAAUUGCCAGCUGAUCAAAUGGUUCAAGGAGAGGUGGACAGUUUUUGUAGUGAAAGGCACAUUAUGAUUAAUGAGGGCAAUUGUUACACUCUGGUAGAGUCUGUCUCAUAAGCAGUGCUUAAUAAUUUUAACAAUUCCUGCAUGCCAAGGCUAAAACGUGUUACAAUGACGUGUCCUAGUUGCUUGAAACCUGUUUCAGCUUCUAUUUCCCAGCUCAGGUGUACUGUGUGAAACAAUGUAACAUUUUGUGAUGAUAUUUCUUAAAAAAAUAGUUCCCCAGUGCUGCUCAACAGUAUAAACCUCUUCAUAAAGUGGUAUUUGAAAACCUUUUAUUGAUAGCAUUCAAUGUGCUUUAGUCCAAGUAUGAAAUCUUUCACAAGCUGCACCUUAUUUUUUAUAUGUUUAAUCAUGUAUCAAUGAUUUAUACUAUAUUGUUUGUAUCCAAAAAAACUAUCAUUUGAGAAAUCAUCUUUUAAUGGUCUAUUUAAUCUUGGUGAGUUGUGUUUGAUUUUAAUAUAUUGCUGU